GUUCUGUGAUUGUUUCGGGAUAUUGUUAUUUUUAUUUACUACAAGUACAGUCUACAGUUUAUAACAAUUCUAAAUUCUAAAUAAAAUUACAUACAAAUGGCGUCUCAUUUGAGUACUAAGGACAGGCUUUUAUCAUUAAUUGACGAUAUAGAAUUAAUCGCAAAAGAACUUAUCGAAGUUUCCAUUGCUCCUAAGCCCCAGAGAUUGUCAGCAUCGGACCAUGCACAGUUAACAGACUUGUUGUUGUCGAAAGACGCUGAGCUAAAGAAAACAUUAGAACUUGCGGCCGAACAGGCCAAGAUACAGCAAAAAAUGAAUGAACUUAAAGCAGAAGUUGAUAAUAAGGACCAGGAUAUCCACCACUUACAAAGGCAACUUAAAGACGCUGAGCAAAUCUUAGCAACAUCAUUGUAUCAGGCAAGACAAAAACUUGCAUCUAUUGUAAAAUCAAGAAAGAGGCCAGUACCUUCAGAAGAUUUGGUUAAAUUUGCUCACAGAAUAAGUGCGUCCAAUGCCGUCAGUGCGCCUUUAUCGUGGCAACCCGGAGAUCCUCGGCGUCCAUACCCAACUGACUUGGAGAUGAGACUUGGAAUGCUUGGACGUCUAUGUGAUCUACCACUAAAUGGUCAUACACCUUCCACUCUCAAUGAUCUACACAGAAUAACAACUGGAGGAGUUCCAGCAUCAGCCACAAACCAGUUUACAUGGCACCCGUCAGGCGAGCUCCACAUGUCGGUUGGUGGUGGGAACUCCGUGUCACUGGACGGCCGGAACAAAGAGGCCCCCACACAGGAAGAUGUAGAAGUGAUGUCCACAGAUUCAAGUUCCAGCUCGAGCAGUGACUCACAGUAGACACUUAUAUAUAGCUACUUAUAAGUGCAGAUAGACAGACUUUUUUAAGCAGAGAAGAGCUGUUAUUGGUCAAUGAUCAGUACAUAUGUUUCAGUUGCCGUGCUACUUAAAAGUUGAAAUAGCUUUCCUACUCAGAUUUACAAGAUGUGGAUGACUAUAAUAUUCAGGUUGUGAGCUGAAGUUGUUGAAUCCGAAUCGAACUAUGUAUUGUGAAUUGGCCUUUGUGACUGUUUACAAUUUGCCUUCCCAAUUACAUCUAUAGUAUUGUCUACAGUCUACACAUUAAUACUAUAAGUCUUAAAUCUUAACACAAUGUGUUUUAAGUAACAGUGAUUAAUAAUAUUAUAAUAGUAUUCGUAGGAGUGAAUAUUAUUAAUAAUUAAUAUUAAGACUGUUUUGUAUAAAACAUUAAAUACCUUUCAACAAUGUCUAAUAAAUAAGGGUUUUCAGUAAAA